AUGAAGGGCCCGAUGAUCGUCCUCAACCCGUGCGCCCAAUCGCAUCCAUUCGACGAGCGGCGAUGCCAGGUCGGAAACGCGCAGGAUCCGCUGAAGAUCGGACGCUCGGUGGCUCGACUCAAACCGGCGACGGAGAACGCUGUUUUCGACUGCAAAGUGUUGUCAAGGAAUCACGCGAUUGUAUGGUUCUCUGACGGCGCUUUCAUGAUCAAGGACACGAAAAGCAGCAAUGGCACAUUUGUGAACAAUGAGAGACUCGGGCAAACCGGGGAGGAUUCAGCACCGCAACAGAUCAACACCGGCGACAUCAUUCAGUUUGGCGUGGAAAUUGUGGAGAACGCGAACAAGGUCUCACAUGGGUGCAUUUUGGCGAUGGUUCGACUUUUUGAUGAAAACGGUGAAGAAAUGGAAAGCCAAGCAAACAGCCUUGAAUCAUCGUCCACCAAUCAAAGCUUCGUUGGAUCGCUUGUCACCAGCCAACAACUCUUCCAGAUACAACAGCUCCUCAAGGAGGCAUUACUGAGAGAGAAGUACCGCGACGAGAAGAUUGGCCAAUUGAAUUCUCAACUUGAAAGCGCGGAGUUAGCUACUGACCGGGCGUGGAAAUCGUUUCUGAGUGAGGAUCGUUUGCUCGCAAGAAUUGGUGUUUUGGAGGGGCAGUUGGCUCUUAAAGGCAAAGAUGACAACACGAUUCGAAACGAGAUGCAUCAACUGCUCGCAGACAAGGCGGAGUACAUGGAGAAAACGCACAACGAAAUCAAUAAGGCGCGAGAACAGCGAGUUGAAGCCGAGCUCCGAUUGAGCGACACCGAACGAAGUUUGCUGACACUUGAAGAGGAAUUUCAAAUCAUGAAGCAAAAAUACGAGACCUUGAUCAACUACAACGCGACGGUGACCAGCGCUUUGGAGGAAGUGCGCAGUGAAAACACAAAACUCGUGCACGAGCUUGAAGCGAAAGUGGAGUUUUUGAAAUCCGAGCCUGAGAAUCAGUUGCAACAAGAUGACGCCAUACUGCCUCAAAUAAAGUCAGAAGAUGAUCUAGAAGCAAAAGAAGAAGCAGAGGGAGAGGAAGACGAGGAGGUUCUGUCCGAAGCGUUUGUCGAACUAAGUGGCGAUGAAUUGGAUAUCGAUGGCAAAGAAGAAUUGGCAAACAAGGAAUUGGUUGAAGAGUUGGCACGGCUUAAGGAAGAAAACACUAUGCUUCAAGCUACCUUGAAGAAUUAUCAAUCGGAAAUUGCCACGCUUCGUGUAGAAGCUGCUACACGCCAAUUCGGCCUUGACGAGCCAAUCGAUCCAGCAGUUUCAACGGAGCUUGAUGAAAGUGCGCUUCAACAAAGGAUCCCUCAUCUAGACAAUGUGAUUUUGUUGUCGAUCAUUCCACUCUUCUCAUUCAUCGUACUUCUCAUCCGCUACGCUUACACUUGGAUCGCGCGGAAAAUCGGCUGCAAACGUGAU